ACUCCUGACAUUUCGCCCACAUCUAUUGCAGGUAUCCUCAAAGGUUGUGAAGUAUAUACUUUAUGAUUAGGAUUGCAUGAUUUUAAGUUUUAAUAACUGAUGUUUUAAUUGCUGGGAUUUCAAUUGUAUUUGUUUAUUUUAUGAAUUUGUAUGUGUAUGGCAUCAAAUCACUGCCUGUUGUAAGGCCGGCCUGAGUCUCUUUUGGGGUGAGAAGGGCAGGGCACAAAUGUGGGAAAUAAAUAAAUCAAUUCUACCUGUAUCAUAUCACCUGAUUUCAUCUCCAUGUAUUCUCCAGUGUUUCAAUGGGCAAUAUCUAAUUCUGCUGGCAUGUUUCUGUCUGUCUCUUAUGCCUGCUGUAGCUGCAGUUAUAAUGUGUUUGCAUUUUUGCCUUGCUGUAAAGAUGCUGGGUGGGCUGCUAUUUAUAAUACAGCAAAGGAGUUAACAGUUAGUGCAAACUGGGUUGAUGCUUACAUUGGAUGUAACUCUUUUCCUUUUUGAUUUUUUAGAAGCAAGGCCCAAACACUCCAGUUUGGAGGCCUUUAGCUCAAGCAUCACGAAGCUUCUCCUCUUGUGUGUCUUUGAAGUUUUUCUUGUCCACGAUGGGUGACAAUAUAAUCAUGGAUGACAAUUAUGAUUAUUCAGACUAUACUCCUAAAGAAUUUGAAGAGGUAUUGAGCAAUGAAAUGAGCUCCAUCAUCUGGGUAGCACUGGUCCUUUAUGCUCUUGUAUUCGUGUUGGGCAUAAUAGGCAACGGGGCGGUGAUCUGGGUGAUGGGCUUCCAGAUGACGCACACAGUAAACACAGUCUGGUUCCUCAAUCUCUCCUUUGCUGACCUUCUCUGCUGCCUGUCCCUCCCUUUCCUGGCAGUACCACUGGCAUCCAGCAACCACUGGCAGCUAGGUGAGUUCGCCUGCAAGCUCUUGCCCUCUCUGAUGAUCCUCAAUAUGUUUGCCAGUGUCCUCCUCCUGAUGCUCAUCAGCAUGGACCGGUGUGCUCUGGUCAUGAAGCCCAUCUGGUGCCAGAACCAUCGCUCAGACCAUAUUGCUUGGAGCCUAUGUGGGGCAGCUUGGAUUUUGGCCCUGAUCCUCACCCUGCCUUCCUUCUUCAUCCGACAGCUCGAUCCCAAGUCUUUCAACUUGACCAGCUGUGGUCUCAACUAUGCUGUCUUUGGUGGGAAUCACCGCAGUGUGGAGAUCUCUGUGUCAGUCACUCGCUUCCUCUUUGGCUUCCUGAUCCCCUUUGUGGUCAUCAGUGUUUGCUACGGCUUGCUGGUCUCCCGGGUGCAAAGCAGCCGCUUCAUGCGCUCCAAGAAGACUAUCAUAGUUGUGCUGGUGGUCAUCGUCAGCUUCUUUGUCUGCUGGGCUCCCUACCAUGUGGUUGGCCUGAUCCUUGCCAAUGAGCUCCCGAGUAGUUCUCUUUACAAUUCUGCAAGUGAGGCUGAUCCACUUGUGGUGGCUCUAGCCUACAUCAACAGCUGCAUCAACCCCAUUAUCUAUGUCAUUGCUGGCCAGGACUUCAAGUCCAAGAUUCAACGCUCCCUGAAGGUCUUGCUACGCAACAUCUUGAGCGAGGAGGCCAUGUUGGCCAAUUCCAUGACCAAGGGCCAGACACAGGGUGCCGGCACAACCACAGAGGACCGGAGCACAGCUACGACCUUAUGAUAUGAGCAGUGGAGGUGGGCUCGUCCUUUGCAAUACAGGUUCAAUGGUCACAUUUGCUUUCAGCCUGUCACCCAGUUCCAUGGUGGGGAGUGAUAGAGGCUAUGAAUCACUUUUACACAUACUUGUUACGAUGCUUCUCUUGAUGGGGUUAUUCCUCGCUGCCUUUGUCAAGAGUGGCAACUUGCAUAUUUUUUAACAUGAGAAGACAGUGAAGAUGACCAAAAAUGACACAUCGUUUCCUACAAAGUGUAUAUGCCAGGGUAUAUGUUUAGAUGGAAAAUGUGUAAGGUUGAUGUGAAUUCUUGUGUAGUUAACUAAGGAGACAUUUAUAUUGUAGAAUUCAUGCAGUUUGACCCCACUUUAACUCCCAUGGCUCAAUGCUAUAUAGGCUGUUAGGAAUUGUGGGAGUUGAAGUCCAAAACACCUGAAGGGCCAAAGGUGCCAGAAUCCCCAUUCAAGUUGCUUAGCCUAGGAUCUACACCAGUGGUUCUCAACCUGGAGUCCCCAGAUGUUUUUAGCUUACAACUCCCAGAAAUUCUAACAGCUGGUAAACUGGCUUGGAUUUUUGGGAUUUGUAGGCAAAAACAUCUGGGAAUCUCAGGAUGAGAACCACUGAUCUACAUCCUUUAUGUUCCAAAGUGUUGUGAAGAAGGACCAUGGGCUAAAAUCCAACCAUUUCCAGUACUUUGGUCCACAAACGUGAACUUGCAACUUCACAUUUUUUCACUGGACAUGAUGAAAGAAUAGAUGAGACCUGGAACUGAUUGGAGGGAAGACAUGGAACGAUGGAUCACUCUGUGAAAUUGGACUCAGAUGAAGACUGAAGAUAAGACUUUACCAGCAGUGGAAAAUUUAUCCCUAGUUAAAGCACUUGAGAAUAAUAAUAAUAAUAAUAAUAAUAAUAAUAAUAAUAAUAUGAAGAGUUUGUCUAAAUUAUCUUUGCUUGGCUACGGAACAAUACCAAGACAGGCCAGUAUUAAAUAGUGACUUUCAAAAUGUUUUGUGAUGUACAGUGUUCCCUCACUUAUCACUGGGGUUAGGUUCCAGGAACACCCACAAUAAGUGAAAAUCUGCAAAGUAGGGACACCAUAUUUAUUUUAAUAUUUAUACAUUAUUUUAGUAGUUAUACACUAUUUUAAGUCUUUAUCAACCACUCAUGUGUUGAUAAAUCGCCUCCUUCUCCUGUUGCCACUUGGGCUCCUUUUCUCUCCCUUUGGUUUCUCCUUCCUCCCUUCCUUAGGCUGUAAAUUGUAAUUUUUUAAUGAUUUAUAAUAGUCUUUUAGAGAUUAUUGAAAAACCCCGAAACAGCGAAUCCGCGAAAAGUGAACCACGAAGUAGUGAGGGAACACUGUAUUUCAAAAUAUUAUUUACUGCCCUUAUAGUGGUUUCUUUCUAUUCAAAAAUAAAAAAAGAGAAGUAAGAAAGGGGAUAACUGGGUGACUUCCAUCUCAGGCUGGCUCUACAUAGUUCUAUAUUCCAGGAUCUGAUCCCAGAUUAUCUGCUUUGAACUGGAUUAUAUGAAUCUACACUGCCAGAUAAUCUGGGAUAAGAAGCUAAUCUGGGAUCAGAUCCUGGGACAUAGAACUAUGUAGAACCAGAAACCCAGUUUGAAGUUCCUGUUUGAGUCAUCAUGUGGAUUUCCAGUGAAAGACAGGUGUGAUGAGUGGCAACUUCAAUCAAGACAAGGGACAUACCGUGUUUUCCCGAAAAUAAGACAGUGUAUUAUAUUAAUUUUUGCUCCCAAAGAUGCUCUAGGUCUUAUUUUCAGGGGAUGUCUUAUUUUUCCAUAGAAAAGAAUUCACAUUUAUUGUUGAACAAAAAAAAAUGAACAUUUAUUAUAUACUGCACAGUAGUUGUCAUCACAAAUCAGCAUAACCAGACAAACUGUGAAUCCUAUCAAGAAUUUCUUGUUACUACCAUUAUUUCCAUGUACAACAAUCUAUGGUACGUACAUUUACCGAUCCUGCAUGCUCUGGUGGUCUGUUCGGCAGGCAUGCUUACAAACAAAACCUUUGCUAGGUCUUACUUUCGGGGGAGGCCUUAUAUUUAGCAAUUCAGCAAAACUUCUACUAGGUCUUAUUUUCUGGGGAUGUCUUAUUUUAGGAGAAACAGGGUAUGCUAUGUUAGCCUGAGCUUUAAGUAUUAUUGUUGCAUAUCUUUUAAUAAUAUCUUGGUGUAAUCAAUAAACAAUCUUCUUACUAAACUUGUGACUUUGUGUCUCUUUGAUGUUCCAGCUGGAAUCUGAUUGAAUCAGGAGCCCAAAACUACCAACAGCUAAAAUUCCCAGGUCAUGAUUCUCUGAGGGCCCUUCCACACAGCCUUAUAUCCCAGAAUAUCAAGACACAAAAUCCCACAUUAUCUGAGUAUGGACUCAUAUAUCCCAGUUCAAGGCAGAUAUUGUGGGAUUUUCUCCUGUUUUGUAGCAGAUUUCCUAUGAAGUGGGUGAGGUGGUAGUGUGAUCGAAGGUGACUGAUGAUUUAAGGAAUUAAUAGUUUUGACAAGGACAUCAGGCUGGAUGUCUUGGUUAAUUUGCAAAGACCACAAUAACAAUAACAAGGACUUUUCCCAUGUUAGAUAGUGUGUACAUUUUAAUCAAGGCUUAUGUCCCACAUUUCAUAUAUUUAUAGCAGAAGGUACAAAAUGUAUUACUGGAAACCAUAUCACAAAAUGUAUUUGACCUCUUUCACUGUUGCAUGUAUUACUAUGUAUCUCUCCUUUCUGAUUCUGGGGUUCGGGAUUCCCUUCCCUCCCUUUG